AGAGCCGCCGCCCCCCAAUAAGGGACAAGAAGUUUAAAAGCAAUCAAUUCAAUCAACUGCGGUGUGAGGAUUGAGGAAACAAUUGAGGAUAAGCAUACAAUCUGUGCGAUACCCAGGAACAAGGUACAACUCUAAUAACACGCUGGUGGACACAAACAAAGCACAAGAGUGGUCAUGAGUUUUUACAUUGUUCCAGCCAUGUCGUACCAGACACAACAAAAGAUGAAGGGCAAGAAGAAGGGUAAGCGUGGGAAGAAGCAUCGGAGUCUGCAAGACGGCGCUGGCUCCUCGGACAACGCAUCUACUACGUCGUCGGGCCAUAAGCCGAGUGUUUCGGAGAGUGUCGUGACCACUGCCACCUCCACUUCAGGAGGAGGAGGAGGAGGACUGUCUCAACCAGACGACAGUUCAAGGUCUUCACAAGCAGACGACUUGGCAUCCAUACACUCUUCUGGGUUGACCCCGGCGGCGGAAAUCGACGAAACUGGCGGGCCCAGGGACAAGUCGGUGGUUUCAUCACGUAACAAUUCCACAUACUCAGGUUCUUCAGGAAAUUCGGGCGUCUUGUCGAUGUCACGACUCCCACUGUCUGGCGGGAGAACGUAUGCUGGUGGUGGAGAGCGUAGAGGAAGUGGUUCUGUCUCGUCGGCGCCUGCCACUUUUGGGUUACAACGGAUCAUGGGCGGUGGUCAUAGACAUUCAGUAGGGGAUAUUUCCAGCAGAAGUUCAGGGAGACAACUGUCCUUAGCCAGUAAUAUGGAAGAAUCUCAUUUUGAGGGGGACAAAUUCCCAAACCAUUUCAAAGCAGGGGGGCAAGUCAAACCAACCAUAUUAACCGCACCAACAACGCCAAUGGCCAUGGAACUCGAUCAACUGCCGUUUCUGUCGCCACUCGAUGACAAAUUUAUAAUAACUGACAAACCAACCAUACCAACACCAGUGCCUACAACCCCGCGGAACACACAUGUGAAAACCCCGCCAAGCGAAAAGAAAGUCCCAUUGUAUGUUCCAGUGACAGAUUUGGCUAUGCUCAAUCUGCCUGAGAGCAUCUACGAACACUUUUAUGCACCACCAGUGCAAGUGGACCGAUGGCUGAGGUUCAAAGACAUCAUUGGAGGGUUCCAUCGUCAUGACCCAAUCAAUUUUGCAAAAGUGCGGUACAAUUCACUUGUCAAGUUCUCUACAAGAGUUAGAGCAACCGUGCCAUCAGACGGUCAAAGUGUAUUUUCAAGUGACGGCACUGGCACGAAAGAAACAGAAUAUUCUCUCGCCCAUGAACUUUUCCGAAUCCGUCAUCUCUUAAGAAACCUUAUAUACAAGUAUCUGGUCAAGGAGUCAAAUAAAGUUGAAAUCAUUUCUUGUGAAGAGCUUAUUCAAGUGAAUUUUACAAAUUAUAUUCGAUAUAUAUUGGAACUUCCAGAUAUCAAGACAUUAGACCCCAAUGAAGUUACAGAGGAAUUAAAGGAACAUUAUUACUAUAAGGAGUAUUUUUCCACCACUCAAGAGAGACUUUAUCUGUUGUUAAAGGAAGAGUCUGGAGAAGAGUCUCCACCUGGGGAAGUCGAUAGCACUGGUUACUUCAUCCAGCUUGUUAUGAGACUCUCUUAUGAGUUUAUCUUGUUGGAAACAUAUUCACUUCAAAUCUUAUGUAAAUUGAAUGACAAUUUUAUGGUGGAACAACGGGCCCUUCAAGGACUUUUCGGCCGGUUUAAAGAAAACCAAGCAAUUGCAGAAAAAGGUCAACCAUUUGAACUGGUGAAAGUGUUGUGUUAUAAUACGUAUUUUUCAGCAUUUUAUGGUUGGUACUUGGCUGUACUCAACCCUUUUGUACAGGUGAUUGAACUGAAUGUAUAUUGUGAAGAUUCUGAAUUGGUGACAGAUAUUGCCAAAUAUGACGAGGCCAGAAAGUCUAAACAAAGGGAAAGAGAAGAAGGAAAUAAUAUUCAACUUUUUUCUCGACUGGAACUGGAAAUGUAUGAAGACUUUUUCAGUAAGGUUAGAUUCAAUGACUUUGCACAAUAUCAAAAAUGUAAUGCAGAAAAAUUGAUGGGGAUCCAUCAAACAAUUGAAGAUACCAUCAAGAGCAAACAUGCCAAUUCAGAAAAUAAAGACGAUAUUCCAUUUUUGCACAAGCCACAUAACUUUGAGUUUUAUACAAAAUCACUUUCCACCAUUCCAGAGCUGACUUUUGAUCAUAUUCAAUCAAGAGAUCUUACCAUUGAACUUACACCUGAAAAUUACAAGGUUGUAUUACGAGAAUUCCAUAGAAUUUUGAAGGUUGGAGGACACGUGGAAAUCCCCACAAUUCAUAUUGGGGGAGACAGUUUGAAGGGACUUCUUGACAGCGAAUUUUCCGAUUGUAAUCUUCGGAAAUGGAGUUCUUCAGGACUUCAAGUUACUCAGAUUUACAAUUUGAUUCCAAAUUAUGUUGAAUGUGUACUUAGAGAAUUAGCAGAUAUUUUCGGGGAAUCCAAUGUCAAGUACGGAAUUGUGUUUUUGAACAUGGCCAAUGAUGUCAAUCUGUACUUGAUGAAUUAUAUUCUUAUGCGGAUUUUUGAGACUGCUGGUAGAAUCAAUGAAUACGAUAUUGAGGAACAUAAUGAUUCAGGUGGACUGAAGGAAGAAGGGAUUCAUUAUUUUGUAAAGAUUAUUGCAGAGAAGGUAUAAGAAAAUUUCAGAAAAGGUAUAAGAGUAUUUAGCAG